GACGUCACGGGCCGGGUACUCGAGGAGGUCCCGGGGCGUCUGACUGAGGGAGGUGGGCUGCGCGUCGCCUGCUGUACUCGGCCCCCGGUCUCGCCCCGCCCAGCCCCGCCCCUCAACCCGGGAAGCGACCGCGGAGCCGCAGUCACCGGGCCAGCCUGGGCUGCCGGCCCGGAACCACCCGAUGAGGUAGAAUCACUGAAUUCGUCAUUGUACGCAGUAAUAGUUUGAAUAUGUUUAGCAAGAUCUCUUCUUUUUAGGGAUGGUGAAGUUGGAAAAAGGCUCCUUUAACCCUCCUCCAGGAUGAACCAGCUGCCAGAAGACAUGGAAAAUGCUCUCACGGGGAGCCAGAGCUCCCAUGCUUCUCUGCGCGACAUCCAUUCCAUCAACCCUGCACAACUCAUGGCCAGGAUUGAGUCCUACGAAGGAAGGGAAAAGAAAGGCAUAUCUGAUGUCAGGAGGACUUUCUGUUUGUUUGUCACCUUUGACCUCUUAUUUGUAACAUUACUGUGGAUAAUAGAGUUAAAUGUAAAUGGAGGCAUUGAGAACACAUUAGAAAAGGAGGUGGUACAAUAUGAUUACUACUCUUCUUAUUUUGAUAUAUUUCUUUUGGCUGUUUUUCGAUUUAAAGUAUUAAUACUUGCAUAUGCUGUAUGCAGACUGCGCCAUUGGUGGGCAAUAGCGUUGACAACAGCAGUGACCAGUGCCUUUUUAUUAGCAAAAGUGAUCCUUUCAAAGCUUUUCUCUCAAGGGGCUUUUGGCUAUGUGCUGCCCAUCAUUUCAUUCAUCCUUGCCUGGAUUGAGACAUGGUUCCUGGAUUUCAAAGUGUUACCUCAAGAAGCCGAAGAAGAAAACAGACUCCUGAUUGUUCAGGAUGCUUCAGAGAGGGCAGCGCUUAUACCUGGUGGUCUUUCUGAUGGUCAGUUUUAUUCCCCUCCAGAGUCUGAAGCAGGAUCUGAAGAAGCUGAAGAGAAACAAGACAGUGAAAAACCACUUUUAGAGCUAUGAGUACUACUUUUGUUAAAUGUGAAAACCCUCCUGGAAAGUCAUCCGAGGGAAAAGAUACUGGUGAUGGAGUCUCUCUAUUGCAAGUUGAAAUGGUGACAUCCACUGCUGACUUUAUGGAACAGCUAUUAACGAGUUUAUUUAUUGUAAUACCUCACAGACAUUGUACCAUAUCCACACACAUGUAGUCGCCUGCCUGUGGCUGGUCAGGUAAUGUAAUGAUUCAUCCUCUUUCCAGUGAGACUGAGUCCGAUGUGUUAAUGACUAGGUGAAGAAAGUCUUGUGCUGUAUUCCUAAUCAAAACACUUCUUAAUAUAUUGAAAUAACACUUUUUUAGUAAGUGAAAUAUCUUAUUUCAAUUCACAGAAUGAUUUUUUUUGUUUAUGUCUCAGAUUUAUUUUGUAUUUCUUUUUUAACUGCCUCCAUUUUCCUUGUGUUUUUUUUUUAACUCAUGCACAUGUGCUCUUUAUACAAUUUUAAAAAGUAAUAAAAUUCAACAUAUCAAAAUGCUUAGUUUUACUUUUCUUAUUUUGCAUUAUAUAUUUGGCCUGAAGUAUUGGAAUUAUGAAAGGGGAACAGGAGGGAUUGUGAAUAUGUGCAAAAUGUUACUAGACAUUUGUAUUAUUUUUAACAUGAAAUUGUGUUUUUCUCUGAUAAAUUGUUCUGAGCUAUUCUAAAGUACUCUUAUUUUGAACCCACAGAAUGACUGAAGCCAUUGCUGUCAUUUUUUCUUCAUGUUUAGCCAAUUUGAAUUAAAAUGAACUAAACUA